AAAAAUAAUAAUAAUAAUUUCUCUCUACAGACGUCUUUUGUAACAGGUAGCUAAUCGCAAUAUAAUGGUGUUUUCUUUCUGCAAAAAAAGUAGUGUUCCUAAUUGGUAACAAACUACUACCUAAGCUACUACUAUCACUCUCAGCUAGGUCUGGGAUUGCUAGGCAGCUAACGUUAGCCUAGCUAGCUAUCAAACCUAGUCUGUAACAAACAACAAUGGUGAAGGAAACCGGCUUUUAUGAUAUGUUGGGUGUUAAGCCCAAUGCCACUCCAGAUGAGCUGAAAAAGGCUUAUCGUAAGCUGGCCUUGAAGUACCACCCUGACAAGAACCCUACGGAGGGGGAGAAAUUUAAGCAGAUCUCUCAGGCAUAUGAAGUGCUAUCGGACUCCCAGAAGAGAGAGGUGUACGACCGGGGUGGGGAGAAAGCCAUAAAAGGAGGGGGCAGUGGCGGGGGUUUUGGAUCCCCCAUGGACAUCUUUGACAUGUUCUUUGGAGGAGGUGGCCGAAUGCACCGGGAGAGGAGAGGAAAGAAUGUUGUUCAUCAGCUCACUGUCUCUUUGGAAGACCUCUUCAAUGGCGCCACGAGGAAACUUGCUGUCCAGAAGAAUGUUAUUUGCGAGCGAUGUGAAGGUCGCGGGGGAAGGAAGGGCGCGGUGGAGAUGUGCAUGUCCUGUCGGGGCACAGGCAUACAGGUGCGCCUCCACCAGCUGGGCCCGGGCAUGGUGCAGCAGGUGUCCACCGUGUGUGGGGGCUGCCAGGGUCAGCGCAUCAGCCACAAGGACCGCUGCAAGGCCUGCAGUGGACGCAAGAUCCUGCGGCAGAAGAAGAUCCUGGAGGUCCACAUUGAUAAAGGUAUGAAGGAUGGACAGAAGCUAGUUUUCCAUGGGGAGGGAGAUCAGGAGCCCGAACUAGAGCCUGGUGACAUCAUUAUUGUCCUGGAUCAGAGAGUCCAUCCUGUCUUCACCAGGCAAGGGGAAAAUCUGACCAUGACUGUGGAGCUGCAGCUGGUGGAGGCCCUGUGUGGUUUCCAGAAGCCUGUUCAAACUCUGGACAACCGAAGCCUCCUCAUCACCUGCCACCCAGGGGAAUUGAUCAAACCUGGCGACAAGAAGUGUGUCCUGAAUGAGGGGAUGCCCAUACACCGCCGGCCGUUUGAAAAGGGACGCCUCAUUAUCCUCUUUUCGGUGGUAUUCCCCACAGCCAACUUCCUCCCCAAGCACAAGCUGAAGGAGCUAGAGCACUACCUUCCUGCCAAGAGUGAGGCGGAGCAGCCCGAGAGUAUGGACGACGACCUCUACAUCUACGCCGACCUGGAAGACUGCGACCCGGCCAGAGUAAGACGCAGUCAAUACCACUACAUGGUGGAGGAUGACUACCCGUCUGCUGGUGGGGUCCAGUGCCAGACCUCAUAAGACCCCCUCACCUCACUCCAACCUCUAACCCCAGACCCCUCCGGAAACGUGCACAAUCUGCAUCUUUAAUUUUUUAUUCUCUUAACUUACAAUGCUAACUGUGGUGCUGAAGUGGUCCUUUGGGCCUGAUACCUGGAUCUACGUUCCAAUGCGACUUGGCUGCCUUUUAGUUGGAUCGUGUGCCUGAGUGGAUGAAAUAAAUUUCUGGUUAAAUUCCUUAGAUUGAGAUUUUGGAAGCGCUAUGGAUGCUGUCACUGACUUUUUUUAAAAGUGUUUGUAUAUUAGCAGGUUUUGAACACCCGCUGUCUUAACUUUUUUUUGCUUCCAAAGGUCACAAAAUAAGAUAGUUGGAAGCUAUAAUUCAUGUUGCCUAAUUUAAUCCUCGCAGUGAAGAACCAUAUAGGCCUUUGUGCAUAUUGGUCCAUUUUAGAAUAAUGAAAUGUUUUUGUAUUCCACAUUAGCAUAGUUGAAAGAUACUUGCCAAAUAUUACACUAUUUAGUUUUUAUUCAUUUUUAAUAAUGAUGUAAUGAUGCAUGUUUAUCUCCAUUUCAUAAAAUGCACAUUGGCAUUGUGGUUCUUCAUCUGAAUCAUCCUAUCUUCUGUAGUAUGGCAUACUUGUUUAUGUUCAACUGACGAUGGAAAAAGUUAUUUACCCCAUUUGUGCGAUCUAGAGUUGUCUAAUCUGUUUAAUUCUACCACUCGUCAUGGGAAUUAGUCAAACUGUAAAUAAACUUUCAAUAGGCCUCAA